UAACUUAUAUUCUACUAUUAUCGAGCACCACCGCAACAUCACUCCCGGCUUUACCACGCAUGCACAUUCCGCGACGCCAACAGCUGCCCUGACCCCUCGCCCGUCGCAGACCCUGCCUACGCGCCCGCCUGCCCGCCCGCCUGCCCGCCCGCCUGCCUGCCUGUUUGCGCCCGCGACCGCCAUCGACCCGCGCAUCACCGACAAGCGACUAUAUCCGAGCGAGCGGCGCCCCCAGCACGCUCUUCUCGCACCUCCCCCCUCCCCUCCCCGACGACGAGGCCGCCUCAACCGACCGCAUAGCUUGAGAGCGCCAGCCGUCACGGGGUGCGACGCGCUCGAGGCACUCCCCAUUCUCGACCUUCCGGUUGUCGGUGCCGCUGCCACUGCCGCCCGCGAGCAGACAAUAGACAGACUCCGCGCAUCGGUACAGCGCUCGACGUUAUCAAAAGAUCCUCCGGCACGGCACCCGCCCCGCCGCACCGCCGCACCCAUGUGGUGGUUCUUCAGCGUCCUCCUGAGCACCGUCUUCCUCUUCAGCAUCGUUCUCUCUAUCCCCGUCGUCUUCGAUGUCGGCGGUCGCGACAGCGGGCUGGCCUACAGCCUCUCGCUCUUCAUCUACUACCUCGCCUACUCGGCCAUCCGGCUCGUGACCCCCGACCGCUCCCGCGUCGGCUGGGCCGUCUCCACCACGCUGCGGUUGUCGCAGUGGAUCGUCAUCCCGAGUCUCAUGAUCUGGGCCCUCGGCCAGUUUGCCGUCGACGCCGGCACCACAAACUGGGUUGAGAGGACCCUGGGCGGGCUAUUGCACUCCAAGAGCACCAGUUGGUCCGAAUGGGUCUUUGGCAAGGAUGGCCUGCUCGAGACUGUCAUGCUAGGCAGCUGGGACAAAGUCCUGCGUUACUCGGGACCCGUCUUCCAGCUGCUCGAGGGCUUUUGCACGCUGCUCGUCAUUCAGGCCGUCGGCCAGAUCACGCGCUGGCUUGUCAACCGCGGGAGGAGCGACACCUGGGUCAUAAUCCUCCUCGCCUUCUCAGGCUCCAUCAUCGCGAGCGCCGUCUAUUUCCUCUGGAGGGUCGCCCAGUUCCCCCAGAUUAGCAACAUCGACGCCACUCUCAUCGGCGCGACCAUGACUACGGCCGUCUUUUUGUGCGCCUACGGCAUCGGUAGCGGGCGCGGGAACCCUGUCGAGAGCUCGCUGUUGUUUGCCUACGUCGUGCUUUGCGUUUACCAAAUAUUCACCGACUACCUGCCCUCAGCCGGCGCGGGUGGUGCCGAUGAGGGAGCCACACAGCCUGAGAUCCCACCGUUACCGCCCAUCAUCAUGGCUUCGUACUCGACACUGCUCCACAUCCUCGGGUCGCUCCCCUCCGCCAUCCACUCCUCUCUUACGCUUCUCUACGCCGCUUUCCAGACUAUCACUCCGUCCGUCAUCAUCUCCCUCGCUUAUCGCCUGCUCGUCUUCUACUCGGCAACACGCAUCAUCCCGUCGGUGCGAGACCUGGGCGCCCGCGCAUUGAUGCAGGAGCCCGACCUAGAGGACUCGGAGACGGCCAACAAGGUCCUUGGCAUCCUCAGCUGGUUCUCGCCCUCCAUCCUGGUUGCCGUGUACACGAGCCUCCUGCUGCAGCAUUUUUCCACAAGCGAUGGCCCUGACGGCUGGACGCUCCGUGGCGGCGACGUGGGCGGCAGCACUUGGCGCUGGAUCAACGUUGGCCUGACGAUGGUCCUCUACGGGGUCGAGCUGUACCUCGGCACCGACGAGCAAGACCACUGGAAGGUGGACUAAGAUCUGCCAACGACACACGUGGCAGUACUUUGCCAUAUUGUACUCUGGCAGUCGUCACACAUGACGACGUGUCAUUCUCAUCUACAAGACGCUGGACACGGAAAAGAGUGGCCGCUGGCCUGGGGAAGAAUGCGAGGAUUACGGCAAUCAGAGCAAAAAAACAGAUACUACUACUAGCAUGGUUUGUCACGGGUUGGGAUCCGCUGCGCAUCAGCGGCUGUGACGGGCGGCGAGAGUCGCGGGCUGGCGUUCGGGUAGGCAAGCGUGUUGCAACUUGUCUUGGGAGCAUUGCGAAGCUGAUAUGAUUUCAUUUGUCGUCUAUCCUGUAUGGUUUUGCCUGCGCUGAAAUGAAUGAGAGAAGGGCGAGUUGGGAGGGGUCUGGUGGCAGUGAGGUUGUUGAACAAGCAACCUCAAUCAGCCGCCUGCAUGGCGUGGAAUAGUGGCACCGCAGAGUUCCGGAGAAGCUCUUCAAGUACAUAAUUACCUAUUUGAUCCAUCCACAAGAGAUACCCUGAGC